UCUCACUAAAGUUUCAGAUUGUGUUCACGUUGUUUUUUCUCUCCUUCUUUUUCCACUCGAGGAGACUUUCUUUUUAUUUGUUUUUUUUAGGUUUUAACUUCGGGAAAUCAGUGUCCGACUGAGUUUUUUGUUGUUUUUUUCCCCGGCUGUGAUUUCUCCAGUUUAUUUUCCCUGCAGGAAUACGGAAAGAGAGAGAGGGAGGGAGAGAGAGGGAGGGGGAGAGAGAGAGAGAGCGAGGGGAAACGGUCUGGCCGCCUGAAGAUUUUGUUUGUUUGUUUCGACACCAAACUUUGGGGGCGACAUGGACGCGCAACGCGGCGCGCCUCCGGUCGGGCAGCAGAUCGUGCACGUCCGCGGGGACUCUCAGACGGAGCUGGAGGCCCUGUUCAGCGCCGUGAUGAACCCCGCCAGCAAGGCGGCCCGGCAGCCGUCCUCUCUGCCCAUGAGGAUGAGGAAACUACCGGACUCCUUCUUCAGGCAGCCGGACUCCCGAGGCCACUCCAGACAAGCCAGUUCGGAUGGAGGCGUGUGCGGCUCCCUCACUCCUCACCACGUCCGCGCCCAUUCCUCCCCGGCCUCCCUUCCAGUCAACUCGCUCUCCACUCAGGCGGCCGAUGUGGCGGCGGCACCGAUCGUACCCGACGACGUGCCGCUCCCCCACGGCUGGGAAAUGGCCAAAACGCCCACUGGCCAACGCUAUUUCCUCAAUCACCUGGAUAAGACGACGACUUGGCACGACCCGCGGCUCUCGCAGCUGCAGUCGGCCGCGGCUCAGCAUCCCGUCUCCGGCACGCCGGUCCACGCCCACUCCCUCAGCAACCCGGCGCCCACCACGCAACCGCAGAGCAUCAACCCAGAGACAGGUCCAGUGCCUGAAGGCUGGGAGAAGGCUGUGACUGCGGAUGGAGAGGUGUUCUACAUCGAUCACAUAAAUAAGACCACCGCGUGGGUCGACCCGCGUCUAGCCCAGAAGAUGAACACGGGCAUCCUCGGCUUGGCGCUGCAGCAGAGGCAGGAAAAGGAACGGCUCCAAUGUAAACAAGGCCUCCCUCCACAAAUCACACAGGAGGCCGGAGGAAGGAACCAGAUGCCCGGUGGGAUGGACCAUGACAGGAACGCACUGACGCUCGUCCCCUCCCUGGAUGUGAGGAUCAGAGCCUCCAACCACGAGCCCACACUCAACGGAGCUCACUCUCGCAACGAGAGCACGGACAGCGGCCUGAGCGUCAGCAGCUUACCUCGCUCAUCGGACCACAUGUUGAGCUCUGUGGAUCACAUGGACACUGGUGACUCCGGCGAGAACUCCUCGAUGACCGCACAGGAGUCGAUGUCCGUGCUCCCCAUGUCCGAGGGGGAGGAGCUUAUGCCUUGCAUCCCCGAGGGUCUCAGUUCAGACCUCCUGAUAGACAUGGAGACCGUUCUCUCCGGGUCGCACAUGGACAGAGACAGCCUGCUCACCUGGCUAUAGACGCACCCCGAGCCACCAGCAUCUUCACCAAAUGACUGAGAAUUGAUGGAGAGGAUCGUUGGCUCCAACCGUGGUACAGAACAAGGUCACCCAGAGAAUAAUACGCUGCUGCUGAACGAUGGAGCCUGAACGCUACUCGCACCCCGAGGAACGAUAAAGACCUGACUCCCGCAGAAGGUGGUAAGCCGCUGGCGUUCUCCUCUCGUUUUUUUUAUAGAGCGGCAUGACAGAGCGUCCGUAUUUUCACAACACUCCACUUUCUCUCUAGUCAUUGACCUCAGAUUGAUGCUCCCCAUGUCUCUGGCAAAGAGGACAUAUUUUAUUUUUAUUAUCCCGCCUUGGGUACUUUUUUUUUGGGACUUCGGGUCAAUGAAGUCCGGAUGUAGCAGUAAAGAAAAUGAAAAAAGACGUGUUCAAAUAACAUAGAAGUCGUUUAAAAAAUAUAUCGUAUCCACGUUGGCCUCCGUUACCUCAUAUCGCUCGUGGCAUAAAAAAGCAACAUCGAGUGCUACUCCUCCGAAGCGGCCUGUCAUUUUAAUUUCUAAUAAUGUCUUAAGAAGCGUCAGGACGAAGAGCAAAGGAUGAAUUAAAGAAAUUAUCUGGAUUAACAACCAAAAAUCUCCUGCUCAAUAUAAUCAAAGUUAACUUUACCACAGCUGCCACACAGACUCAUCAGGGGUGGAGGACGCCCCCUGGUGGAGAGCCAGUGGAACAGCAAGAACACUCAAAAUGAGUCGUCAGUUAAGAUGCUCCGAAGCCAAAAACAGUAUUAAUCAUCAGAGUCUGUGUGGAAUAUCUUUGAAGUUUUUUUUUUGUACUUUAAGUUAAGAAGGUUAAGCUUUAUCUUUGGUCACUUUUUGGCCUUCUUUCCUAACAAAUUGCAGCCUGUCAAAAAACCCUUUUUAAGAUUCAGAAAAAAUACCUUUUGGGUACUGAAACUGAAAUAAAAUGUGUAUUUAUGGACCUCUUUUUAGAGAAAGGAAUAUAAAGAGGAUGUCUACAGUGAAUUAACUCAUUUUCAGUCUGAUGCAAUCCAACAGAAUUUAGGUUUCUCCCAGGAAAACUACUCAAAACACAUCUUCUGAUUUCAUUUAGUCAACAACUUUAGCCACACUUUUCCCCUUGAGUUAUAUUUUCUAAAAGUGUGGUGAUUACAUUACGUUAGUCCAACUCCACGCUAAUACCCUGCAACAGCCUCGCUAUAAAAUGGCUUUUUUUGAAGUUACUAAUACCCAGGUUUUGUUAAUACUGUAUUAGUUUUUUUGGGGUUUUUUUUUUAUUUGAUUGCAUUUUAUUGUUAAGUGUUACAGUCAUUUUCCCCCCUCCAGCAUUGAAUAUAAGCUUCACAAAGGUAGUAUUUAUUGGAGAUUUGUUUUUAUUGAAUUGCAUGAUAUUGUACAGUUGUGAUAUUAUUAUGUUCGCCCCUCGUUUUAAGAAAUGAUGCCAUCCUUUCUCUCUCCUGAGGGUCUAAACUGGCCCUGAACCUUAAAUGAAAAGUAUUCAAUUCAUCCUUUCCCCCAAUAUUGGUUGAAUACAUUCCUAAUAAUGUCCUUUUCUUCAUAACUUUACACAUGUAUUUUUAUUCAGUGGCAUCAUAGAUUUGUUAUUCCCACAGAAACACACUCUCCUCACGUAGCUCCUGAACUAUACAUCUUCCAAUUUUAUUUCCAAAAUCAAUUAACAGGCCUUUGAAACUUAUGUAAGUUCUAUAUUUGUCUCUUUAUUUUUAUUUUUACAUACAUCUAUUCUCACAGUAUCACCAUCUCUUUCUUUAAAAAAAUCAAUUUACCAUCACUCUAUACAUAUAGUACUGCAAUACAAUAUUUCAUUUUCAGCCAUUAAUGGGGUUAAAAAAACUUGGAAUAUCAUAAAAACACAGUAAACUCAAAACCCUUACACGUCUUCAUACUCAUGGUUAACCCUAACUUUAAAGGUCAUCUGGUAAUGAAUUAUACAACAGAAUAAAGUUUCACCUGUGAAGAGAUGUUACAUGGACACAAUUAGAUGCCUGGAACAAUAGAAGCAACACAUUUAAGUUUAUAAAGCAGGUCAACAGAGUUUACUAAAUACAUUGAUUUGUUGUAAUGCACAUGCAAAAUCACAGUUGGAAUACUUUUUAAAUAAUCCUGUCAGGGCCAUGAAGAUAUUCUUUUUAAUUGUCUGUGCCUCACUUUUAAAGCAAUGUUUUUUUUAAGUGGGAACGAGGAGAACACUUUUUAAAAAUGGAUUUAAUUCGGAGAGUAGUGGGAUAAUUUCAGGACUUUUCCAUUGACAGAAGCAACAUACUAAUUGUGGAUGCUGUGUUCUCUGUAUAUUUUAUUCCAACUGCAAGUGCUAUCCAGUGCUGUAUUGCAUAAGGCAGUCAUCAAUAAGGCUCUUUAAUUAUCCUUUUUGUUAGUUACACUAUAUAAUAAGUAUAUAAUCUGUUUUUGUCUGCUGGGUUGUUUCUGUGUUCAUAUUCUGAAUCUGAAUUUGAAGCUGUUAAUUAUUGAUGAGAGCCUUUUCUUCAAACCAGCUUCCUUAUAUAUAUAUAUAUAUAUAGUGUAUAAAUGUAUAUACAUAUAUAUAUGUGUGUAUAAAUGUAUGUAUAUAUAUAUAUAUGUGUGUAUAAAUGUGUGUGUAUAUAUAUAUAUAUAUACACACAGUAUUUAUAGGUAAAGACUUUCUUCACAACCCCCCCACACAAAAAGAAAUAACUUGCCAAUUCACCUGAUCUUUUCUAAAUUAAAGUGCCACGGGCCGGGAGCAACUUCCUGUUCAUCCAUGUAAUGCAACACACUACCUAGCCUUUUUAUUUAUGUUAGCAUGCAUGACACUUGCUAUGUAUGUUACAUUAUAAUUAUGUUUAUUAUCCUAUUUACAGAGAGUUUGGAGGCAAUCAGACUUGUUUUUGUUUUUUUACCUUUGUAUGCAUGUGCUUUAUAUAUUUCUUCUUACUCUCACUGUAAUCAUUUUAAAGGAGUUUCUGUUUAAUAAAAAUGUAAAAUACA